CUGGACUCCAUUUGCACAGCUUACAGCAAUUUUGUCCUUUCUGGGAAAUGAGUCAUUAAUUGUUAAUGGUACUAGAAAACGACUAGUUCAGUUUCAAUCAUCACUUGUUGUUGCUGUUCAGGUUGAACCUUCCCACGUCCGGCAACUCUUCUGGUCCAACAUCCAUGUGCUCCGAGGCAGGAGCACAGAAAGAGAAAAGCUGAGUGCCCUGCGCUCACCAGCUCUUCCUCUUCCCGCAUCUGAGCUUCCAGAGAGCCUUGAGUAGCUGAUUUGUGGUAGGAGGACGACAAGUGGGGACAGAGCAGGGACGCAGGGGAAGAGAGUUUUGUCCUUCUUUGAAUAAAAGACAUGAGCUGGGUAUUCCUUAGAGACCUCCUAAGUGGAGUGAAUAAAUAUUCUACCAGCAUUGGCAGGAUCUGGCUGGCCAUUGUGUUUAUAUUCCGCUUGUUGGUCUAUGUGGUGGUAGCAGAACAUGUCUGGAAGGACGAACAGAAGGAAUUUGAGUGCAACAUCAGGCAACCGGGUUGUGAAAACGUCUGCUUUGACCACUUCUUCCCUAUAUCCCAUAUUAGACUUUGGGCCUUGCAACUAAUCAUGGUCUCCACCCCUUCUCUUUUGGUUGCUCUCCAUGUUGCCUAUCGAGAGAACAGGGAAAAGCGACACAAACAGAAAAUCUACAAGAACCCAGGAAGCAUGGACGGUGGAUUGCUGUGCACUUAUCUCAUCAGCCUCAUUUGCAAAACAGGCUUUGAAAUUGGUUUCCUGGUUUUGUUUUACAAGUUAUAUGGUGGAUUCAAUGUGCCACGCCUUGUGAAAUGUGACAUGAAGCCUUGUCCUAACACGGUAGAUUGCUACAUCUCCAAGCCCACAGAGAAGAAAGUCUUCCUCUAUUUUGCAUUGGUCACUUCAUGCUUAUGUGUGGUUUUAAAUGUGAGUGAACUGAGCUAUCUGAUUUUUAAAUACACCAUAAAAUGUUUCCUCAAGAGAUAUGACAAGGAAGUUCCAACCUUGAAAAGAGAGUGCCAGAGGCUAAAUUGUGUCCACCACAAUGAAACAGCAGCUACAGCUUUGUUCCACAACAAUGCUUCACCAGUUCUCAUCAAUAUUCCAGAUCAACCCGAAAAAAACUUAGGUACUGACUUGAGAGAAGGAUAAAAGUGAUUUUGCAUGAUGUUAAAGAAACUGUUUGAAUUGUUGCUUGUACAUUAGGUCAAAGAAAUCCAUAUAAGUGGGUAAUGAGGAACCUUUUAUUUUCAUCUAAAAUAGUCUGUGUUCUCUUUCUCUCUCAAAAAUAUUGUCAGAUCCCCACUAUUGGAUUUUUUUUCCCUUUCACAUUCACCUGUAUUAUGUAUUCUUCAGGUUUGUUCAGGCUGAAUCAAGGAGAUGUAAACACAUUUCCACUGAGAUGUAAUACAAAUACCAAAGCUUGUGAUAAAUCCUCUUAAAAGGACAGUUGCUCAAAUAGUUGUGUUUUGGAUAUUUCAUUUGUCUGCUUGGGUUCACAGUUGUAUGUUUUUGAGGAUCUUUUUGAAGGAUUUUGUUGAAGUGGAUCUUUGUCGGGCUGCCAGAUGAUGGCUGCUUACUGGUCUUUGUGGGUGAUGGGCUGAGCCUGGGUUUGUUUAUAUAUUAACAUUCGUAUAUUUUAAAACAAUUAAGCACACCUGCUGGCAGACUGAUCCCAAGGACUGACCUAGCUGUUUACUUUAGCUAUUUAUCGAGCAUUUAUUGCUACAGUAUUUGACCACCUCACAAUCUUUAAUGUAUUUAUAUUCAACCCCACUGUGUGUGUGGUACUAUUAUCCUUUUUAUAGACAGUGGAAACAGAUGUAGGGAUACUAAAUGGCUUGCCCAAGCUCAUAUAGCAGGGACUUGAUCCCAGGUUUCCCAUGUCGCAGACCACCUCCAUAACUACCGAAAUGUCCUCCCUCUCUAUGGCUAUGGAGAUUUAUAACCUUAUCCAUCCAAGUUCCAUUUCUCAGGUUUGGUUGAAGUACACUGAUAGGGAAAUUAGAAGGUUUUGGUCUCCAGAACUAUCUGAAGUCUGUUCCUUUUUGCUAACAGUAAAUUCAGUCCCUUUAAGAACCUGAUCCUUGUUUGAAAUUCUUAGACUCCAGUGGAAGUUCUGAAGCCUUGGAGAGCUCAGAGGAUUAGGCCUCAAUUUUUUAAAAGGUAUUUUAGAUUCAAGUGGAAACAAAAUCAGAAUGUUCACAAAUGAAAACUCUAUGGUCCUUUUCAAAAUGUCAGAAUGCGCUUCAAAAACAAUUGUAAUUAUGUUCUUUUAAAAUUAACAUUAUAUAGUUAAACUGGGGAAGGGAGGAGAUGAUUAUUUAUCCCAAGAAGCCUGUAACAGGUAGACAGCAAGAGAAAUGAGGACAGGAAGAAAUUCAUUCUCUAUUGCACUCAAUGAAAAAAGAUGAGGAUCCAUCUUUCCAACUUAAAUUUCUAUGAUAAGCAUUUAUGGUUGUGUCUGGGUUCAACUGUUCCAAUUUCUUACUUAUUUCAAUGUUAAUUGAAUUCCAGAGACUUAAUACAGUACAGAGACACCUUACUCAGGAAGAUUUACUAAGCCAUUUUUGCUAUUACAGAUUAAUAUUGCUUAGAGUAAUUUAAAUUUUAGAAGGUAGAUAUGUUUUAAGAAGUGCAUACCUGUAUCCAUCCACCCAUCCAAUUUGCUAGGGAUUAGAGCUGGUUGAAGUUAUUUGAAAUAUUUUCCAUUGAAAAAUAUGCUUGUGCUGAAAUUGAAGUUUUCCAUGGGAAAAUGUGGAUUUUGACAAGUUUCAAUUUUCCACCUCAAAUGUUCAUAACAGAAAUAUUUGUUUUGAAUUGGCUUUUGAAAUAAACAUAUUAA